AUGGUAUUGAGGAAGAAGAAGAAAAAAGAAGAGAAUAAUGAUGGUGGUCGUGAUGAUGAUAAUAAUAAAGAAGAAAGAGGAAAAAAAGAGGAAGAGCUCAAUGCAGAGAAGAGCCCUUUUCAGCGGACUUAUGCGACUCAGGCUGCAACUAAAGUUCUUGCUCGACAGUUGGUAAGGCUUACGCAGCAGAUUGCUAACCUUCAAGGUAGUCGAGCUCAGAUGAGAGGCAUAGCAACUCACACACUGUUUGUGGAACUGGUUAAGUCUAUGGAUUCUGUUUGCUGCUUGCUUGAACCUGGGAAACAGCUAUUUACUGCUGCUUUUGUGGAACUGGUUAAGUCUAUGGAUUCUGUUUGCUGCUUGCUUGAACCUGGGAAACAGCUAUUUACUGCUGCUGUUGAAGAGGAGACUGGCAUAAAGUUCAAACUUGAAGACAUGGUUGAUCUCACUGCUUUCUUGGAUUCUUCAACAGGAUGCAGAUUUUUUCCCUCACCGGCUAGUAUUGGAAUGGAUAACUUGAACGCUUAA